AGCUUUGUUGUUGUUUAGUGGGGGCGAGACUCGAAAGGACGCCGGUCCUCGUAGUGAAGCCCAGAGUUACUGGCUUGUUGCCGAAUCGAAAGGGUGGUUUGAGCUCCACCUAUUCGGGUCUACCAUCGUAGGGGUAAGGUUGAUAACCGUGGUCAAGGAGGGAAUACCGAGAAGAGCAAGGAAGCAGAAACAGGGGAGGGAUGAGCAAGGGGUCAAACACAACAAAGAGCUAAAGACGAGUAAUUAAGAGUAGAAGAAGGAAAGAAGAACAAGCAGCUUCAAUUAUGUUAUGUAUGGUUUUUCUUAAAGUAGUAAUUAAGUCACAUGUGACUCCUAAGUAGAAGUAUAAGUAAUGUAGUAGUAUGUUUAGUGAAGGCAUCCAGAAAUUUGUAAGAAAACACAAGAGAGUAGCAACCACAAGUUGCCGGAGAUUGGUAACCUCAAGUUACUCCCAUUAUCACUUGUAAUCGUUUAUCUAAAUUAAUCAAACAAGAAUCAAGCCUUCCUUCUAUCUAAUUAUUACAAUUAAUCACUAAACUCCGGUGACCGGAAGUCGGUUCAUAACAAAUUGGUAUCAGAGGCACGGUCAUGGCAGGCAACACCGAGCAGCGGCUGAGCGCCGUGGAAGAGAUACUUACCGGCUUGAAGGCGCAACUUACUGCUAUUGAAGGAAAGUUGCAGCCACCAGAGGAGGAAGACUCCAUUACUCGGGUGGUAGCGGCGGCCGUCAAGGCGGCGAUGGAGGAUGAACGGAAGAAAACGGAGGAGGUGGUGGCGGCAGCGACUUUCCGUCUGGAGCGUCGCGUCGACCAAAUCAGAGCGGACGUCAUGAAUCAAGGAGCAAUCGACUGCACUAAUGUCACCAAGUUACAGCGAGAGUUAGAGAAACUCAGGCAAGCCCAACCACAACCCAAUACACCCUUCGUUCCGAUCGUCGGAGAGAAUAGUUCGCAACCAUUGAGCGCGUGCGAACCCCAGUGGAGGCGCGUCCGUAUGAGGAGGAAUGGCACCCCCUGAGCCAGGUGGGUGGCGUGGCGGUGGCGGAGGUCGAUGGCGGCACCGCAAGUUGGAGAUACCCACCUUCGACGGAACUGAACCCGACAAUUGGAUAAUAAGGACGGAGCUGUAUUUUGAGGUUUACCACUUAUCGGAGAGAGAGAAGAUGGAAGCGGCGGUGGUAGCCACGGACGGAGGGGCGUUGAAGUGGUUCCAAUGGGAGCAAAAACGGCGGCCGUUUUACGGGUGGUCGGACCACAAGCAACGGCUCUUGAACGAGUUUAGGCCGUCCAACUCAGGCUCCCUUCACGAACAGUGGUUGGCCGUACAACAAGAAGGGGGGUCGGUGAUGGAGUACAGACGGCGGUUCAUAGACACGGCGACUCCAUUGGAAGAUAUUCCGGAGAGUAUCAUGUUGGGGCAGUUCAUUAAUGGCCUCCGUAAGGAUAUCAAGGAGGAAUUAAGAUUGCUGAAUCCGGUGAGCUUGGAGAGAGCAAUGGAGGUGGCCGUAAGAAUCGAAGAGCGAAACAAGUUUAGCCAAGAGAAGAGGUCUUGGGGUGGUGGAUGGAAGAGUGGGUCAACGUUAGGAGGGACCAAUUUUGGUGGGUCAAAUACUAGCAGCUCACUAGAAAGGAGUGGGGCAAAUUCGGGCCUCAUUAAGACAUAUGGGCUGCUAGCAGGCCCAAAAUCAUGGCCCAAGGCACCUGAGCCAUCCCAAGGCUCGGUUAACCAAGGGCAGCCCAGCUCAACUCCGAGUAGCAGGACGGUGGGGUCAACACGACGUUUGACCGAAUCGGAGCUUCAAGAUUGGAGGGCCAAGGGCCUUUGUUUCCGGUGUGAUGAGAGGUGGGGUGUAGGACACCGGUGCAAGAGAAAGGAAUUGAGUGUUCUUAUCGCCGCCGGUGAAGGAGGUGAUGGUGAAACCGACCGUUUGGGUGAAGAAGAGGAGUACGAAGAGGUUUGGGAAAAUCCGGUGGGAGUGUCGCUAUGUUCCGUGGUGGGCAUUUCGAACCCAAAGACCAUGAAGGUCAAAGGGGAGGUCAUGGGUCGGGAGGUGGUAGUAAUGGUAGAUCCGGGUGCGACUCAUAACUUUAUCUCGGCCAAGGUCGUUGAGGAGGCGAAAAUUCCGGUGACACAAGGCGGUGGAUUUGAGGUUUCACUAGGAAAUGGUGACACCGUGAGAGGAGAAGGUGCAUGUCUUGGUGUUCGAAUUAAAUUGUCCGGCGGAGUGACGGUGAUCGAUGAUUUUCUUCCCCUCGGGUUAGGAAAUGCGGACAUAAUACUCGGAGUCCAAUGGUUGGAGAAGCUAGGGGUGGUGACCACCAAUUGGAAAACGCAUGAAAUGCAUUUCACGGUGGCCGGAGUGGUCGUGGUUCUCACCGGCGACCCAACUUUAGAGAAGUCCUCUAUUUCUCUAAAAGCUAUGAUACGGACUUUGGGGAAGCAAAAGGGUGGGCUUCUGGUUGAGAUUAAUCAAGUAGAGUCCUCAAUUGGGCCUUCAGAAUUGGGCCCAGCUCCAUCUUUUCUGAGUGGCUUGUUGCAAGAAUUUGAAGCAGUGUUCAAAAUGCCCCAUGGCUUACCUCCAAGUAGGGGGCAUGAACAUUCAAUUGUGUUGAAGGAAAGGAGUGAUCCCGUAAGUGUGAGACCAUACCGGUAUGCUCACGCUCAAAAGGAUGAGAUCGAGAGGCUAAUCCGGGAAAUGCUUGAAGCCGGAAUUAUCAAGCCCUCUACAAGCCCGUUCUCAAGUCCCGUUCUACUAGUUAAGAAGAAAGAUGGGAGUUGGCGAUUUUGUGUGGAUUAUCGGGCGCUCAAUAGGGAGAUCGUGCCCGAUAAAUAUCCAAUUCCGGUUAUUGAUGAGCUACUCGAUGAGUUACAUGGAGCAUCCAUAUUUUCGAAAUUGGACUUGAAGUCCGGUUAUCAUCAAAUUCGGGUUAAGCCCGAUGACACUCAUAAAACGGCAUUCCGUACUCAUGAGGGUCAUUAUGAGUUUUUAGUGAUGCCGUUCGGCCUCACUAACGCCCCGGCCACUUUCCAAUCGCUUAUGAACGACAUAUUCCGGCCCUUCCUUCGGCGGUUCGUGUUAGUCUUCUUCGACGACAUCCUUGUCUAUAGUUCUAAUGAGGUGGAACACCAUGAUCAUUUGAGGUUGGUGUUGGAAAAAUUGGCAGAACACUCCUUGUAUGCUAAUUACAAGAAGUGUGAAUUUGGUAAGCAAAGAAUUGCUUACUUGGGUCACGUAAUUUCCAAACAUGGAGUAGCAAUGGAUGAAGACAAAGUCAAGGCCAUUUUAGAUUGGCCCAGCCCAAAGAAUAUCAAGGAAUUGAGGGGAUUUCUUGGGCUCACUGGUUACUGUAGGAAGUUUGUGGCCCAUUAUGCUAACAUUGCUGGCCCACUUACUUCCCAGCUCAAAAAAGAUGCAUUUGCGUGGGGUGAAGAGGCAAGGCAAGCGUUCGAAAGGUUGAAGGUGGCGAUGACCACCGCUCCGGUUGACGAUGCCGGAUUUUGGUAAACAAUUUAUCUUGGAAACCGAUG